CACAGAAACCUUAUUUACCACUACCAACUACUUCAACAGAGCAGUCCUCAAGGUGAUAUGGCUGAAGACGAGGUUCUUCGGGAUCGGGUUCGACAGCUGCUACAGAGAGUGGGAGCCGACGGUCACCGGCAGGUCCAUGAAGGAGCUGCCGAAGAAGUGGCACAGGACGGUGACUGCAGCCUGUUUUAUUCCUCCAGUGACCAUCAUCAUCGGCGACGCCUUCGGGGAGCUCCUCUUCUGCAACUACAGCUCGGGGAAGGUCUACAAGAGGUACUACGUCCACGAGCCCUUCAGGGAUUUGACCAUGGAUAUCGAUUAUGAAGCAGAACAGAGGUCAAUACGGACUACAGUCUUUGACAAGAGGCGUCAUUACAACGUUGGAGGAGUUGCUACUACUUCCAUCCAUUACAUUUACUACCUGCGGAAGAGACCUCAGUCCCAUAAGGAGGGUAACAUCAUGGUAUCCUUGGAUACCGGAGUCAUCCAGCUCUGGUCUGCCCAUCCUAAAGGUGCUUUAGUGGCGUCCUUCUAUGCCAUGCACAAGGUGGAUGACUACAUCGUGAGGAUAGAGACAGACAUAAACGAUGACUAUCUAUUUACCGGCAGCUCCGAAGGCUACCUGAAGCUGUGGCUGAUGCAGAACUUCGCUACCAAAGAGAAGACUAACAUCUCAGUGCCGAAGCUGAGGUUGCAGUUCGCCUUCCUGGCCAAGACGAAGUGGAACACGAGGGCGAAGCGUGGGGUCUCCGGGCAACCUCUGCCGCUGCUCCUCAACUCCUACCGAGCCCAUGGAAUGGCCAUCACGUCCAUCAUCUUCAUCGACUUCUGCCGCCUCGUCAUCACGUCCGGCUGUGACAGAUCUGUGCGCUACUGGUCCAUGUCUGGGCAGUUCCUUAACCAGCUAGGCAGUAUCCUCCCAUGGACGACCAUCGACCCCUCGAGGAUCGUCCAGGCAAAGAAACUCAUCAUUCCUCCGGAUCUGAAGAGAGUCAUGUCAUCCACGACGAUGAAGGUGCUUACGAACGGCUACCGACUGACCGAGGAAGGGGAAAGGGAGUUGGUGUCGUCGGAGCUUAAGGCCACCGCCCACAUCAAGCGCAGGACAACGCAGAUGAAGCCGCACGGACAGAACUUGGGACCGCUCAUCAACAGGCACCUCAGGGUCCCGGAGAUCUACACCAAGCCGGCGGUGGCGCCUCCCCUCAGCAAAGAGUUGGACGUUCUCAGUCACUUGCAGCCCUACAAGAUGGAGAAAAUUGAAAAGCUGGAAGUUCCUGAAUGUAUUCAGCCUAAAGUGAAGAGGCUAUUCAUGGAUUCUUUAGAAUAUAUGGGUGCUACAAAAAGCAAAAGGACAGUUGAUAGGAAACCACGAAAAGAAGUUAACAUAUUAGAGAAUAUGAAAUCAAAAGUAAAGCAUGAUGCAGUGAACAAGAAAAUUGAUAUGUUGAUCGAGGAAGACUUACAUCCCUACGUUUUUGGAUGUAGAAUGAGAGGAGCAAUGAACUAUAAUGAAAAGUUUUCCACGAUGAUGUUCAGGCCCAACAAAAAUCUCCUUCAAUAUUUCAACAAUCCCCAGAAAAAAUUCCUAUGGAAACAAAAAAGAUUUGAAACAGAGGAUGAUCAGGAGAUGAAACGUGAACGGAUGAAGAAUAUGACUGCGUUAAUAAGAGACCAAAACAGGAAGGAUGCAGAAAAAUUUAGGAUUAUGCAGGACAUGGAGAGAGGCAGGCGAUACCUGGGGAACAAUAUUCUAAACAGAAAGAUGAGAAUAGGAAGAAUGAAGAGUACUGUAAAGAGGUUAAAGGUGUUAGAGAAUCAGAUGGCGAAGAUCACUGGAAUGGACGAGGAAGCACAGGACAAAAUAAAAACACUGAAAGAGAAGAUAGACAAGUUACAAGAUAUUGCUAUUCAUGAUUUCACCAUUGAACACAAGAAGGCAGUGGGAGACAACUUCUGGAAGCCUCUAUUUGGAAAAGAAGAGGAUGAGCUACCUGAAGACUAGUAGGAACAGGAAGAAAUCACUUCAGAUGGUCCGAGAAUGUUCGAAAUUUCAUAUUCAUUCUGUAAGAAUGAGGUUUUCUCUUUUAGUACCACAAUGAUAAGAUGAAACUCUUGAAUGAAGGCACCAUAGUAAAUUCCUCGGUUGAAAUGGACUGCUUAGCCCCACAACUGUCACGCAUUCCAAAUUGGACAAUGAUCAAGACCCAAGUCACAGCUGCAGACAAAAUCUAAACCGAAAGCAAUACACAACACUGGACUUUAUUAAAAACAAAUGUAUAUAGAAUAGAAAAUCUUAUCUAUAAACUCGAGCUAUAUUUAUAUAUACAACUUGUUAGUUAAAG